CAAAUUUUUACCAGCCAUCGUUUAAUUCUCUCAAACGUAAAAUGAGCGAGUUAACUCAGUUUAGGAUUACUGAUAAAGAACCAUGAUCUAUCUAGACAAUUUCUUUUUAUUAAUCAAGCGUUAGUUAGUAAUUAUAUGUAAUUAUUCAUAAAAUAUAAGUGGAUUUUUGCGUAAACCCAAGUAAGAUUGGCAUUUUUUCAUUCUUCUUCAUUUAUGGGCUUAUAUUUUAGAAUUAUAAUAGGAAAUUAGGGGUGAAAGGGUUGUUCAUGGAACAUUCAUAAUGGAUUAUUCUGACCUGAGAUUGGUCUGAGGGGUUGACAGCGAUAUGGGCAGUAGAAUUAGAUUUGUUGAUGAAGUAUGUUGUUGUCCUUAUUGAGUAAACGGUCAUUGGAGGUUGAUUCAAGGGACACAUACGGAUUUACUGUGAGGCCUCAUCACCUUCAAAGAUACCGAGAGUAUGCUAAUAUCUAUAAGGAAGAGGAAGCAGAAAGAUCACAUAAGUGGAAUAGUUUUCUUAACAGCCAAGAAGUUUCUGUUCAGCAGCAGUAUCCUAGCCAUGAGGUCUACACAAUUGAUAAUUCUGAAACAAGAAAUCAUACAAGUAUUGGCGAUGAUUCACAUACAGAGAAACCACUUUCCGACAUUCAUACAAAAAAUCUUCUUGAGAAAGAGGUGGAAACUUUCAUACAACCAAAAAACCGUGAGGUGAAGACAUGGACUAACAUUAGAUCAUCUCUAUUUGCUAUUGAAACUAUGAUGGCAUUUCGUGUGAAAAACAAAAGUAACAUGAAAGGUGAGCAGUUAUCGUCUUCUCAUGAUAACCUUCUGCCAAUUGGAGAUUCAAAUCCUUCGGGGGAAGAAACCGGAAAUAAGGAUGAUGAAAACAGCAAUGUGAUAUUGAAUGGCAGUUCAAAAGCAUUUGCUGAAGGAUGUAGUGCAAGAGAUGGAGUUUCUGCAGAACAUUCUGUGCCUUGGAAGGAUGAACUUGAGCUACUUGUUCAUGGAGGAGUACCAAGAGAUCUUCGCGGAGAGGUUUGGCAAGCCUUCAUUGGUGUCAAAGCACGUCGGGCGGAGAGAUAUUACCAGGAUUUGACCUUCUCCGAAAGUGAUAUUGGUCCUCACCCGAAGAAUGGCAAACCAUUAGAAGACAAAAAUAGCACGGGAUGCAACAGUGGACUAGCUGAUGUGUCAGAGAAAUGGAGGAAGCAGAUUGAGAAGGAUCUUCCCCGAACUUUUCCUGGACAUCCUGCAUUGGACGAGAAUGGUCGGAAUUCCUUAAGGCGCUUACUUCUUGCAUAUGCCCGACAUAACCCAUCAGUUGGGUAUUGCCAGGCAAUGAAUUUUUUCGCCGGUUUAUUGCUACUCAUGAUGCCAGAGGAAAAUGCCUUUUGGGCCUUGGUGGGUAUUAUGGAUGACUAUUUUGAUGGAUGUUUCUCACAAGAAAUGAUAGAAUCUCAGGUUGACCAGCUUGUUUAUGAAGAGUUGAUGCGUCAAAGGUUCCCUAAACUGGCGAAUCAUCUAGAUUACUUGGGAGUGCAGGUUACAUGGAUAUCUGCACCUUGGUUCCUUUCAAUAUAUGUAAAUAUUCUUCCGUGGGAAAGUGUUCUACGAAUUUGGGAUGUACUUCUGUUUGAAGGGAGUCGUGUCAUGCUAUUUCGGACUGCUCUUGCUUUGAUGGAAUUAUAUGGUCCUGCUAUAGUGACAACUAAUGAUGCUGGAGAUGCCAUAACUUUAUUACAAUCCCUUGCUGGUUCAACUUUUGAUAGCAGUCAACUUGUGUUGACUGCAUGCAUGGGUUUCUUGAAUGUAACUGAAGACAGGUUGCAGGAACUAAGAGAAAAGCAUAGACCGUCUGUUAUUUCAACACUAGAGGAAAGAUCAAAAGGUUGUGGAGCGUUAAAAGAUUCAAAAAGUCUUGCAACUAAGCUGUAUAGUUUCAAGCAUGAUUCUCAAUUGAGAAUGAGACAAGCAAAACUGAAGGAAGAUCCCGGUGAUAGGAUUAUAGACAGUGAUAUAUCACAUUCCAGGGCUAGCUCUACUAAUCUGGAAGAUUUUCUGAACAGCAUGACCUCAGAUUCAGAAGCAGAUUCUAUUCCAGAUCUUCAAGAACAGAUAGUAUGGUUGAAGGUUGAGUUAUGUAAUUUACUGGAAGAGAAGAGAGCAGCAGUACUCAGAGCUGAAGAAUUGGAAACUGCACUCAUGGAAAUGGUCAAGGAAGAUAAUCGACGAGAACUUUGUGCACGGGUUGAGCAGCUGGAACAACAGUUGACUGAACUGCACCAAACACUUGCAGAUAAGAAAGAACAGGAGACCGCAAUGGUUCAGGUUCUUAUGCGGGUUGAACAAGAACAAAAGAUCACAGAAGAGGCUAGGAUUGCUGCAGAGCAAGACGCAGCUGCUCAAAAAUAUGCAGCAUACAUUCUUCAGGAAAAGUAUGAAAAAGCCAUGACAUCCCUCGCUCAGAUGGAAAAGAGAGUAGUGAUGGCUGAAUCGAUGCUGGAAGCAACUGUACAAUAUGAAACUGGCCAAGUCAAAGCUUUAGCUUCCCCACAGUCUCCAAGGAAUGCACCCCCAAGAAAGAUCGGUUUACUGUCCUUCGGCCUUGGUUGGGGAGAUAGGAACAGGGGAAAGCAAGACAGUGAUCUUCCAUCGCCACGGAUUGGAAAUAAACCUUCUGCUGCUGCUCAGAGACAUGACAUUAGCAGUUCUCAAUUUCAUACUAAUGGGUUGAGUCAAGAUGAUGAAGACGGUGGAAAGACUACCGAAGAUUGACAAGUGCAUCCAUCUUGUUGGGAUCCCCCCUAAGUUAUCCCUUUUUAUGUUUGUACAGUUGAUUGCUACUACAAAAUGUAAAUUAGAAAGAUGUUGUAUGUUGUUGACCUAUGAUGCACGGUAUGCCGAAACAACUAGCCAUAAACCCAUCAUGCUCAAAUAUCAUUUUGUGAAUGAAAAAUUCAAUUUUUUAUAUUAUCAUAUAGAUGUACAACUUUUUUUGGAGUAAUAUAGAUGUACAUUGUACAA